ACGUAUCGAACGAUUCUAAACGGCGCGUUACUGAAAUUUUUAAAAUCGAUCUAUAAGCGUGACAAUGAAUAAUAUUCCCACGCGUAAUUUGCUAUUGCUGCUGGCAGCAUUAUCAUUAUGUUGCCUCAUUGAAAAUGCUGAGUCGGCAAAUAUUUUAGCCCUGCUGCCAUCUUCUAGUCCUUCGCAUGUAAUCUUUGAAAUAUCGGUGGCCCGACAAAUGGCCAUGCGACAUCACAACGUAACAAUUAUAUCGGUGUUACCACUGAAAGAAGACUGGUUACACCCCUCUAUGAAACAUUUAAAACUUGAUAAGGGCCUAUUGGAUAUGACAAUGGCUGUGAAUUCGACACAAUACAGUGGCUUGGCACGAGUUAAAAGUUUCAUGGAAAUGUACAAAACUAUGAUUGUUGGCCAAGGAGAUAUUUUGGAUGAUCCCAAAAUGAAGGAAUUAAUCUAUAAUACUGGCAACAAUUUCGAUUUAAUACUUUGGGGUUACUUUGCUGGUGAUUACUUUUUUGGUUUAGCUGAACACUUCGACUGUCCCGUUGCUCUGUUAUGGCCAAAUAUACCCAUAAUAGCCAUAUCAAAUCUUAUGGGCAAUCCCAUUGAAAUGUCGUAUACUGUUACGACAAUGAUGAAUAUGGCAGCGGAUACAACGGGAUUCGGGUUUCGUUUAAAAAAUGUAUUGGCAAACGCUGUGGAAUCUGUGCUGACUCAAUUGCGUGAUAAAUGGUCGAAACCUAUAUAUGAAAAAUAUUUCCCAAGCGAUAAAUAUGUCAGCUAUGAAAAAGCCAAAGAACGUGUCUCCUUAGUCCUGUUUAGUCAUCAUUUUUCCGAAAAGCCUGUGCGUCCAUUAGUACCUGGCAUGAUUGAAAUUGGAGGUAUUCAUUUGGACGAAGAAACUAAACCAUUACCCAAAGACAUUAAAGAAUUUGUCAGUUCCGCUGAACAUGGUGUGAUAUUCUUCAGUUUGGGCACAAAUGUCAAAGCGAAACAUCUCCAACCUCAGACAUUGGAAAAAGUCUUCAAUGUACUCUCGAAAUUACCACAAAGGGUUUUAUGGAAAUGUGACGAUGAAUCGAAUGUACCGGGAAAUUCAACGAAUAUACUCUAUCGAAAAUGGCUGCCACAAGCCGAUAUUUUGGGCCACCCCAAAACGGUGUUGUUCUUCUGUCACGGUGGCAAGGGAGGCAUAACAGAGGCGAAAUUUUAUGGUGUUCCCAUGGUCGGCUUACCGAUAUUCGGUGAUCAACCCAUGAACAUGGAAGAAGUUGUAAUGAAAGGUUAUGGUCUGUCAAUAGAGCACGACGAGUCGUUAACAGAGGAAGUGAUUCGGAAAACAGUUAAAGAAGUUCUAGAAAAUACAUCGUAUAGAAAUAGUGUCAAACAAUUCUCGAAUCUUUAUCGUGAUCGUCCUUUUAAAAUCAAGGAUAAUGCCGUUUAUUGGUUGGAAUAUGUAAUUCGUUACAAAGGAGCUCCGCACAUGCAAAGUCCAUUGAAGACAAUGUCGUUUGUAGAGGCCAACAAUUUGGAUGCCUACGCUUGUAUACUUUUAGUGUUUUACUUAAUUGCUUUAUUGGUUAAGCUCAUUUUGAGACUAAUUAUUAACCUAGUAUGCCGCAAAUGGAUGGGCAAAUCGAAGAGAGAUUAAAUCCAAUAUUUGGAAAUAUUUGUAGAGAGCAAUUUCUUAUAAAUGUACAUUAUGAUAUUAAUAUAUUUUUGUUUUUGUUAGUUAUUCCUGAGCUGAUUUUAACAAUUCCCUCCCAUUCUGAAUGACCUCUUGCCAGAAAAGGAUAAAUUCUAAGAAAAUCGUGUAAAAAUAUACCAAUGAAAAGUGAA